GUUGGGGGAGGAGAGACCAGGGCAGGGGGAGAGCCAAAUUAUGUGUGUGUUUGUUGAGGGGGAGGGGGGCAAUAAAAGUAAGACUGAGAGAUGAGAGUAGGGGGCAGGUUAGGACCCUGCCUCAGACUCUGACCCUCAUUAAGGCCCUUGACCAGUGAAAUGUAACCUCUGGGGUCUUAUCCGCUUCUUGUAUUUUACCACUUUUACUCCCCUCCCCCACUUCCAAUCCUUAUUUCCAUUCCCCCUCCCUCCUCUGGUGUCCAUCACCUAUAUCUUUCCCCCCAUAUGGUGUCCGUUCUUUAUAUGAGUCCCCCUUCUGUCUUUCCCCUGUAUCAGUCCCUUCCCUGCUGUCCAUUUUCUCUCUCUCCCUCUCCUUUAUUUGGUAGCUCCUUUACAUUUCUACCACCUCUUCACCCCCUUCUUCUUGACCCCUUGUCCUAACACCCCAUUAGGUCCACCUCAUUUCCUCUGCCCCAUGUCCAUUUGGGCCCUUCGGGGAUAUUCUCUUUUUCCCGAGAGAUUUACCAUCAUUCCUGUCUCGUUUUCUCUUAGAUCCAUCCCUGUUAUUUCUUCUCCACCCCGUCCUCUAUUCCCUACCCCAUUCCCCAUCUUGUCACCACAAGUCUGUGCCUACCCACUUUCCCCUAAUACCCCAGGUCUUAUCACCCAUUCCUCUUUUCUUGCCUCCUCUAAUUCCUGGGGUGUUGGAGAGCUGCGGAGCAAAGACACAGGUUUUAAUGGUUGGAACAAGACCUAAAAGAGAUCCCCAUCUGAGCCCUUUGGGAUUUCUCAUCCUAGUAAAUCUUAUCCCUUUUUCAUCUGUGUUCCUCUGUCUCUUGCAUCUGCCUCCCAGAAUCAUCCUUACUUAAGUCCAGACAAUAUUGCGUGCGUGUAUAUUUCCAGAGUUGCUGCUAAGCAAAGUUCCUGGGUCCUGCACUACUCCCAGGAGGAGGGUCUGCCCCGUGAUGUCUAGCCUGCCUCCCUGUGGCUGCAGCCUGAACCAGCUUCUCCCAUAGUGAUGAUAUGUGUCAACAGAUGUCUCCGCUGGGGGUCCUCAGGGUCUGAUUGCGGUGGGCAUGUUGCCUGCAUUGCCUGCAGUCCUAAAGCCUAGGCAUUGGUACUCUCUGUAUCUAGAGGGUAUUGGUUGGAGUCUCUGAGGUGGCAUUGAAAUCCUGAGUGCUUCAAAGUAUUGGGGUUUCUAGAUACUUAUAUUCUGAGGGUUCAUCUCUGACUCUGAUCUGCAGGUUGGGUAAAUCUGAAGCAUGUCUGGAGACAGAUAGGGGCUACAUUUUCAAAACCCUCCUACUCAGAGCUUUCAGUUCGAAUGAAGCUUAAAGACCAAUGCUUUUCCUGCAAUAUACCCAUGAUUAAUUAUCCUGUAAAGGUGACAGAAUUUUAUUUUUCUUUCUCUAAACUCUCUCUUAUUCUGAUUCCUUAAGCCUGUUUUCUGUCACUUCGAUGUCACCAAUUUGACUUCUCUCUUACUUCCACAGGCCCUGUCCCCUGUGUCCCUGUGAUGUGGCAUUGGGGUUUAAAGGAGAGGCAGUUUGCAGGGAUGGGGGCAUGGGAAGAACAGCAAAGUUGGGGAAGUGGGACUCUGGGGGUGUCUCUGAGCAUCGACAGCCCUUCAUCUACUGUUCUUCUUUUCUGGAAGUUUUCUUCCCAUCCCUAGCUCUAGUCUUCAGAGGCCUCCUCUAUGUUACAGGCCUGGAUCUUCCAUUCUUCUCACACCUUUCUUACUCAAGCUCCUCCCUGUGCCUUGGGGAGGUUCCUAACUUAUGAAGUUGGCUUCCAUCCUGUCCAUGGAGACUGGGGGCCUGGGGGGACAUUACUGACUCUUCAACUUCUAGGCAUGGAGUCAGGGAGGAGAUCAAUUCCGUAUUCAUUCAAACAAGGACAUAUCUCCUGCCUCCUCACUCUUUAGCCUCUGCAAAGCCUGAUGCUGACGAGAUCCAUCCUCCCCCUACCACCAGAAGAACCAGAACUCUCCCCAAAGGAUGAGCAGGGCUGGCCAGGGGAGGAGGGGGUGGAAUAAAGAGGAGAGGCAGGAAGGGAGGCCCUCUCAUGACUCUGACUCUGUGAACAGAAGUUUAUCUUCUGUUCCUUUAAAGUUACCAUGUGCCUCACCCUCAUCUGUGAUCUCCUCAAGAUGUACGGGGACCCCCUAUGCACCGAACCCAAUACGUUCAUUCCCCAUAUGAUCGUCCUGGUUGGAACCCUCGGUUCUGCAUCAUCUCGGGGAACCAGCUUCUCAUGCUGGAUGAGGACGAGAUACACCCCCUUCUGAUCCGGGACCGGAGGAGCGAGUCCAGUCGCAACAAACUGCUGAGACGCACAGUCUCCGUGCCGGUGGAGGGGCGGCCCCACGGCGAGCAUGAAUACCACUUGGGUCGCUCGAGGAGGAAGAGCGUCCCAGGGGGGAAGCAGUACAGCAUGGAGGCCGCCCCCGCUGCACCCUUCCGGCCCUCGCAAGGCUUCCUGAGCCGGAGGCUAAAAAGCUCCAUCAAACGCACGAAGUCACAACCCAAACUUGACCGGACCAGCAGCUUUCGCCAGAUCCUGCCUCGCUUCCGAAGUGCUGACCAUGACCGGGCCCGGCUGAUGCAGAGCUUUAAGGAGUCACACUCUCAUGAGUCCUUGCUGAGUCCUAGCAGUGCGGCCGAGGCCUUGGAGCUCAACUUGGAUGAAGAUUCCAUUAUCAAGCCAGUGCACAGUUCCAUCCUGGGCCAGGAGUUCUGUUUUGAGGUAACAACGUCAUCAGGAACAAAAUGUUUUGCCUGUCGUUCUGCGGCUGAGAGGGACAAAUGGAUCGAGAAUCUACAGCGGGCAGUAAAACCCAACAAGGACAACAGCCGCCGGGUGGACAACGUGUUGAAGCUGUGGAUCAUAGAGGCCAGGGAACUGCCCCCCAAGAAGCGGUACUACUGUGAGCUCUGCCUGGACGACAUGCUGUAUGCGCGCACCACCUCCAAGCCCCGCUCGGCCUCAGGGGACACCGUCUUCUGGGGCGAGCACUUCGAGUUUAACAACCUGCCGGCUGUCCGGGCCCUGCGGCUGCAUCUGUACCGUGACUCAGACAAAAAGCGCAAGAAGGACAAGGCGGGCUAUGUCGGGCUGGUGACUGUGCCUGUGGCCACCCUGGCCGGGCGCCACUUCACAGAGCAGUGGUACCCCGUAACCCUGCCAACAGGCAGCGGGGGCUCUGGGGGCAUGGGGGGCUCAGGAGGGGGCGGGGGCUCAGGGGGCGGUUCAGGGGGCAAGGGCAAAGGCGGUUGCCCGGCUGUGCGGCUGAAAGCACGUUACCAGACAAUGAGUAUCCUGCCCAUGGAGCUGUACAAGGAGUUUGCAGAGUAUGUCACCAACCAUUAUCGGAUGCUGUGUGCAGUACUGGAGCCCGCCUUGAACGUCAAGGGCAAGGAGGAGGUUGCCAGUGCACUGGUUCACAUCCUGCAGAGUACAGGCAAAGCCAAGGACUUCCUUUCAGACAUGGCCAUGUCUGAGGUGGACCGGUUCAUGGAACGGGAACACCUCAUAUUCCGCGAGAACACGCUCGCCACUAAAGCCAUAGAAGAGUACAUGAGACUGAUUGGUCAGAAAUACCUCAAGGAUGCCAUUGGGGAAUUCAUCCGUGCUCUGUAUGAAUCUGAGGAGAACUGUGAGGUGGACCCCAUCAAGUGCACGGCCUCCAGUCUGGCAGAGCACCAGGCCAAUCUGCGAAUGUGCUGUGAGUUGGCCCUGUGCAAGGUGGUCAACUCCCAUUGCAGCCUCCCAUCUUCCUCCUGCAGUCCCUACUCCCUGUCUCUCUCACCUGUUUCCACACCCUCACCUCCUGCCACCCCCCUCCAGCAUGUUCCCUGGAAGCUGAGGGUCUCUGGGGCUCAGUCCCGGUCUCUCUCUUUCUCUCUCUCUCUCUCUGUCUCCCCACCCCUUCCCCUCAGCGUGUUCCCGAGAGAGCUGAAGGAGGUGUUUGCAUCUUGGCGACUGCGCUGCGCAGAGCGGGGCCGGGAGGACAUUGCUGACAGGCUGAUCAGCGCCUCGCUCUUCCUGCGCUUCCUCUGCCCAGCCAUUAUGUCGCCCAGUCUCUUUGGGCUCAUGCAGGAGUACCCAGAUGAGCAGACCUCACGAACCCUCACCCUCAUCGCCAAGGUCAUCCAGAACCUGGCCAACUUUUCCAAGUUUACCUCAAAGGAGGACUUUCUGGGAUUCAUGAAUGAGUUUCUGGAGCUGGAGUGGGGUUCCAUGCAGCAGUUCCUGUACGAGAUCUCCAACCUGGACACGUUGACCAACAGCAGUAGCUUUGAGGGUUACAUUGACUUGGGCCGAGAGCUCUCCACACUGCACGCCCUGCUCUGGGAGGUGCUGCCCCAGCUCAGCAAGGAAGCCCUCUUGAAGCUGGGCCCACUGCCCCGGCUCCUCAACGACAUCAGCACAGCUCUGAGGAACCCCAACAUCCAAAGGCAGCCAAGCCGUCAGAGCGAGCGGCCUCGGCCUCAGCCCGUGGUGCUGCGGGGCCCUUCGGCCGAGAUGCAGGGCUACAUGAUGCGGGACCUCAACAGCUCCAUCGACCUUCAGUCCUUCAUGGCUCGAGGCCUCAACAGCUCUAUGGACAUGGCUCGCCUCCCCUCCCCAACCAAGGAAAAGCCACCUCCACCGCCGCCUGGUGGGGGGAAGGACCUGUUCUACGUAAGCCGUCCGCCCCUGGCCCGAUCCUCGCCAGCGUACUGCACAAGCAGCUCGGACAUCACGGAGCCAGAGCAGAAGAUGCUGAGUGUCAACAAGAGCGUCUCCAUGCUGGAUCUGCAGGGUGAUGGGCCGGGCGGCCGCCUGAACAGCAGCAGCGUGUCCAACCUGGCGGCCGUUGGGGACCUGCUGCACUCUAGCCAGGCCUCUCUGACGGCGGCCUUGGGGCUGCGGCCUGCGCCCGCUGGACGCCUCUCCCAGGGGAGUGGCUCGUCCAUCACGGCAGCCGGCAUGCGCCUCAGCCAGAUGGGCGUCACCACGGACGGUGUCCCUGCCCAGCAACUGCGCAUCCCCCUCUCCUUCCAGAACCCUCUCUUCCACAUGGCUGCUGAUGGGCCAGGCCCCCCAGGGGGCCACGGAGGGGGCGGUGGCCAUGGCCCACCCUCCUCCCAUCACCACCAUCAUCACCAUCACCACCACCGAGGUGGAGAGCCCCCAGGGGACACCUUCGCCCCAUUCCAUGGCUAUAGCAAGAGUGAAGACCUCUCCUCAGGGGUCCCCAAGCCCCCCGCUGCUUCCAUCCUUCACAGCCACAGCUACAGUGAUGAGUUUGGACCCUCUGGCACUGAUUUCACCCGUCGGCAGCUCUCACUCCAGGACAACCUGCAACACAUGCUGUCCCCUCCCCAGAUCACCAUUGGUCCCCAGAGGCCUGUCCCCCCAGGGCCUGGAGGUGGGAGCGGCAGUGGGGGCAGUGGUGGGGGUGGCGGGGGCCAGCCGCCUCCAUUGCAGAGGGGCAAGUCUCAGCAGUUGACGGUCAGCGCGGCCCAGAAACCCCGGCCAUCCAGCGGGAAUCUAUUGCAGUCACCGGAGCCGAGUUACGGCCCUGCCCGUCCACGGCAGCAGAGCCUCAGCAAGGAGGGCAGCAUUGGGGGCAGCGGGGGAAGCGGUGGCGGAGGGGGUGGGGGGCUCAAGCCCUCCAUCACCAAGCAGCAUUCUCAGACGCCUUCCACAUUGAACCCCACAAUGCCAGCCUCCGAGCGGACGGUGGCCUGGGUCUCCAAUAUGCCUCACCUGUCGGCUGACAUCGAGAGUGCCCACAUCGAGCGGGAGGAGUACAAACUCAAGGAGUACUCUAAGUCGAUGGAUGAGAGCCGGCUGGACAGGGUGAAGGAGUAUGAGGAGGAGAUCCACUCACUGAAGGAGCGACUGCACAUGUCCAACCGGAAGCUGGAAGAGUAUGAGCGGAGGCUGCUGUCCCAGGAGGAACAGACUAGCAAAAUCCUGAUGCAGUAUCAGGCCCGGCUGGAGCAGAGCGAGAAGAGGCUAAGGCAGCAGCAGGUGGAGAAGGACUCCCAAAUCAAGAGCAUCAUUGGCAGGCUGAUGCUGGUGGAGGAGGAGCUGCGCCGGGACCACCCCGCCAUGGCUGAGCCGCUGCCCGAACCCAAGAAGAGGCUGCUCGACGCUCAGGAGAGGCAGCUUCCCCCCUUGGGUCCAACAAACCCGCGUGUGACGCUGGCCCCACCUUGGAACGGCCUGGCCCCUCCAGCCCCACCUCCCCCACCCCGGCUGCAGAUCACUGAGAACGGCGAGUUCCGAAACACCGCAGACCACUAGCCCACCCAGCAUCACAGACUUCCUCCUCCUCCCUCCCGUGCACCCCACCCUGGAACAGCACCAACCACCAGGACUGGACGUAGUCGCCGAGGGACAGCGGGAUUGCCUCCCUGAAUGCCUCCCUGGGGGGGCACCAUUCCCCCUCCCCCACUGCACCAUUUCCAGGAGGGAGAGUGGGGACUCUUAGUUGCCCCCUUUUCCUUCCUGUUGGGGUGCUGCCCCUGUGACCCCCAGGAACCCCUGCCCCAGGACACCACCUACCCCACACAGACCCCUUCACUCCGGGGUGCUAUCCCCAUCCUCUGCCUCAUCGUUCCCCUGAGCACUGGGGGACAGAUCCUCGCCCCCACCCUGGGGGUGUGGCACCUCCAAACUUUCAACUUCAGGGUGAUUUUUUUAGCAGUAACCAGAGCUGACAAUCUUACUCCCCUCCACCGCCCCAUUUUGGCCUCCCUUGUCCCCCUUGUUAUGGGGAGGGGACCCCAGGUGAGGGGGCCCUAUUACCCCUUGAUUUCUCAGGAGCGUCUGGGGGGGCUCAGCACGCACAAACUCCUUCUCCUCCUACCACUCUUAAAUUUACUCCCUUCCCACCCAGAACCCAGAUGGGGUGGAGGGGCCACCGGGGCAGGGAGGGGGCGGCAAGGGGGGAAUGGGAGUUUUCUCCCCUUCUUCCCAUACCUGAUCUGCUCUUGGCUGGUCCCAGAGCGGGGUGAGGGGGCUUAUGCCCCCCCCUCCCCCAGUGUGUUGGGUGGGGCGGAACUGAGGUUAGGGUGAGGGGUUAGGGUUUAGGAGGGUGUGUAUGUCAGGGAGGACAGACUAGUUAAUCUGCCCUAUCCUGACACACACAGCCCCCACUACCCCUCGCUUCUCUCUUCUUGGUCUCUACUCCCAGGGGGAGGGGGGAACUUACUCUAGGAAAAGCCAUGUCUCUCUCCCCCAGGGUGGGGGGACCUGUGUUGGAGGAGGGGUGUUGAGGGCCCCCUUCCAUGACUCUGUCUCCCGGGGGAGGUAGGACAGGGCUGGGCUUCCCUCUCAUCCUCCCCGCCCUCCCCAAUCUCCCUCCACCUCCCUCCCUCCCGCCAGCUCCACAAUUUUUCGGUGUUUCUCUGUACAUAGCUCUCUGGCGGGAUAGGGGAGGUAGGAUGGAUGGGGUUUGGGGUGGGUAGGUCAUAGGAGGGGAGAAGCCCCUCCUUGGCACCCCCUCUUCCCUGACUGCUGUCCCCUACCCAGCCUUGCCCCCUCAUCCCUUCUUGCGUUUGGUAUUGAGACUCUUCCCAGACUCCACCCUUCUUUCUUUUGUAUGGACAGUUCCCCUUCAGUUCCAUCCCCCUAUACACAUACACCCAGCCGGGGCCAAAUUUAUACUUAUAUAAAAGUUGUAAAUAUGUGAAAUUUUAUCCCUGUGCCCUUUCCUGCUUUCCCAACCUCAUACCCUACCCCUGGACUCCCUUUCCUCUUCUCUUCUUUGGCUGUUGUAAUUAUCUGGGGUUUGUAUUGUACAUAUCGGGGUGUGUGUGUGUGGGCUGGGGGCAACCCCUCUGUACAGAGCUUCCUGGCCCCCUCCCCCCCAGGCUUCCCUCCCCAGCCACCACCCUAAGGGUAGGGAGAUGUUCUUCCUACCUGUUUUAUUUUGUUUUCUCGUUCUCCCUCCCCACCCUACCCGACUCCCAGCCUACUCUAUCCCCUACCACUGGCCCUUUUUCUCCACUCCCAGCCCCAUUUCCUUUUUUUCUGGAGUGUGUGGUGAAACAGAAAAAUCAUGUUUAAUAAACGGAGAUUGUUCUUUUA